UACACACCUCCUUCCCCAUCCCCUCAAGAGAAAGACGAAAAAUCCCCACCUCGAUCCGCUAGCUUCUUUGUGGGCGGCCGGCGCUAUGAAGUGCUCCUUUGACGGCGGCCGCCUGGGAUUCUCCGUCGGGCUGGGCAGCCGCAGGCGUUCACCGGAGUAUCCCUGCGUGUCGCGCCUUCGUCAGCGCCGACUCCUCUCCUUGCUCAAUCGGCAGGAACUCUACGACACCUUCGACUCGCUUGUGCGCGAGUCGGAUGCCUUCAUGUACCCGGGCCAUCUCACCGACCUCGUCAAGACGGGCCGCUGGGAGGACGCAUCCCGCUACAUCUCCCGCUUCCUGCCGUCCGACCGUCUCAUCUCCCUACACGGCCGCGCCCUCCUCCACUUCCUCCGCGUGCACAAGGCCAUCGACGACAUCGUCGCCGGAGCGCCCGAGAGCCACGCCGUGUCCGCGGCUCUAAGGAAGUGCUUCAGCAUGGAGUUUGUACGGAGCAGCGCCAUCACCAAGCUCCGUGCAAUGCUAUGGUCCCUACUCUGCUACAGAGGAUGCAGGGACUCCCUGGACCUGGGGCGUGUGAGAGAUAAGGCUGCGUCAAUCAUCGAUGACUUGACUUCUCAAACUCCAGAGUUGAAAGAACAAAUGACAUACGCCCGCGGUCCACUGAAACCACACAACGUACUUCCCAUCGGCUUCGGUUUCCGUCCAAGGCGCCACGUGAAGCGACGCCCCAUCGCAGCCUCUCUUCUUGUCAGCCACUAUCUUCGUAAGAGGAGCAUGCUUCCUUCUUCAACUUCAACUCACUGUGAAGGGUUAAGUUCUGCAUCCUUAAUUAAGGCAAAGGGAUGGAUGGUGGAUCUUGUUGAUACAAGUUUGAAAGCUGGUAAGCGAAAUCAAGGGAAUACAGCUCAAUCUGACUCUAACAAAGGUGCUCCUGUUGGUCCAGUCUCGCAGACUAAUCUUGGUACAUUCAGGAAUCCAGCUGGACAUUCUGACAUGUCAAUGGACACCGAUCUUGACCUCAAGGCAAGGGAAUGGGCGAUUUAUCUUAUAGAUGAUCGGUUGGAAGCCUGGCCGGAUCUGAGUCAAGGGUAUCCGCCUAUUCAUCGAUCUGUCGACAAGGAUGUUGCCCAAGUCUUGCUGACUAUCCCUGAUACCUUGACGAGGUCUGCUAAAAGUUCUACAAUUCCAUCAUUCACAAAAGCAGAUGCUCCAUCCUUGUUGCAGGUGCUCCAUCCUUUGAAACGACCUGCUACAGACUAUGGGAUCUUUCCAGUGACAGAUGCAGGUGUUCUACCCUCACAGGCCAUGUCUGCUACGUGGCCAUAUCCUAUGAUUUCAACAGUGAAAAAUGCAGGUACUCUGACUUCAGAGGCCAUGUCUGCUGAUUGGGCAUAUCCUUCUGAAUACUCUCUGAUCUCAAUAGUGAAACAUACUGGUGCUCUACCCUCAGAGGCCAUGUCUGCUACCUGGCCAUCUCCUUCUGAAAACUCUCUGAUCUCAACAGUGGCAAAUCCAGGUACACAUAAGCAUUUGACUCGAGAACAUUGCUAUACUGAGAAUGCUUGCCAGGGUUUCAGUCCAAGGAAGAAUCCAAGGAUCGAACUGACAAUUGUUGGGCAAGACCAGAGUCCAAAAAGGCAACGGACAACUUUGUCUUCGCUGGUUGAAGGUAAAGCUGAAGAUCGCGUCUCAGCGUGUAUUAUUUGAGUGCAUAACUGAGUGGGUGGUAUCGGCUUUACUUAUGGUGAAAAGAUCGUCUGUAUCCCGCAAAAAAAAAAAGGAUCGUCUGUAAGGCUGCAGUGCUGUUAGACAAUAUCUGUUGCUACUGCUGUCAUUCAACUCUUGUUCUGACCGGCUUCUACGUUUAGCGCUAUUAAAUUCGAGUGAACUUCUUUUUUUUUGAAACCGUGAGCUUUAUUAACUAGGCAAAUAUAGUUUUACAAUCAUC